AUCAGAGCCCAUCAUGACCGUGACCAUGAUCAUGAUAGUAUGAAUCCUUCGCUCGUUUGCUUGUUUCAAAAUCUACGCUGCUAUAUUAUCGAAUUCCUCUGAACGUAUAAGCGGGCAUCACACUGUGCCUCUGUCAACCUUUCUGACCCUGUAAAACGGACCGGUAUAUCCAAUUCUCGCUAUCGUAGUAGCGUCUAACUGCCAGCACGUCGAUGGAAAUCCUGUUCUUUUGGAUGUUUACUUGCCCACUUCGCCCCCACUUCAUUUGUUGUCCUCGAAGGAAAAGCCACGAGAGCACCAUACUAUCUCGGUUCCUGCAGUGGUGUAUUUCCACGGAGGAGGCCUGACAGUAGGCAAUAGACGAAGCUGGUUUCCAGCUUGGAUGCAAAACGCAUCUCGGGAUUGGGAUACAUAUUCAUCUGUGCAGAUUACAGGCUUAUGCCUCCUGCGACGGGCCAUGCCAUCCUCGCUGAUAUCAAGGAUGUCUUUAAAUUCGUUUCAGAAGACCUGAACCGUCAUCUGGAAAAGCGCCAGGGUGCGAUUCGGGUCAACGGCGAUGCUACCAUGCUAGAAAAUAGUGGGGCUGACACCACGACCUUAAAUCAUGUACCCACUUUCCAUGUCGACUCUGGCGCUCUUGCCGUUGCUGGGACCAGUGCGGGAGGUUUGUGUGCUUAUCUCGCUGCUGUGCAUGCUUCACCCAAGCCCAAAGCAGUGGCCUCCUUGUACGCUAUGGGUGGUAAAUUUCUGACUGCUCAUUAUCUUACGCCGAAAACGAAGCCAUUCUUACGCGGAAGGGAAAUCCUAGACCCCAAUUUAUUCUCUCAAUAUCUCUACCCUUUCAACGGCUUACUACCAACUUCGGACUCUCCGCUGUCAUACCAUCCACCUACCUCUCCGACCCCUGGGUACCCUGCCAAUGAUCGAAUGCUGAUCGGACGAUUGCAACUUCAGCUGGGCGUGGUGCUGGAUUAUUAUACAGGAGAACAUGAGCCAAGUCUUAGCGCAUUCCUCAGGGAACGUUUGGCCUCACUAUUAGAUAAUUCUACUCCACCAGCCCAAAGUGAUGAUCUACAAUCCCUCAUUCCAGCGAAACACAUAGAAAUAUUCCCCGAGUUCAACGUUAGUUCUGAUUGGCCUCCGACAUGCCUGGUCCAUGGUACAAAAGAUACAGCUGUUCCGCCGCAAGAAUCUUUGCAUAUGUACGGCUUGCUGAAAAAGGCCGGUGUCGAAGUGACGAUGAUGAAUGUCGAGGGGAAAGAGCACUCUUUUGAUUACGAGCCAAAUGCGGACGUGAUCCAUGAACGCGAAUUUGAUAUGAUUGUGGAAUUUUUACAUAGACAGCUGGACAAAGGCCGCGAAAUCGUCGUAUAACUGAAUGGAGGGACACUGGGACAAUUAUGUGUUUGGGACAAUUACUUAUUUACUUAUGGUUAUCUGUACCAUGGACAUGAUGGACAUAUAGAUUGAUAUGAUAGGGCAAUCAUCGAUAGGGUUAGAAAGUUUUAUCUGCUUGACAGAAUUCUUAGGAGUAGCGCUGUAC